GAAGCAACAGUAUCUGGCCCAGUCAGCAGCAACCAGGAUGUCCUGUCUGGCCGACACAGCCCGGCCAACAGCCCACCCAACCCCAGCCCCCAUCCUGCUGGCCUGGUCCUCAACCAUCCCAACCAGCCCCAGCUCUAGCUCAACCCCAGCCCAUGCCUUGCUUUCCUGGGCAGCCGAACACCCGCUGCUGGCCUGGGCCACAGCCAUCCCAACCAGCCCCAGCUUCGGCUCAAAACUGGCCUGGGCCACAGCCAUCCCAACCAGCCCCAGCUCCAACCCAAAACUGGAACUGGCCUGGUCCUCAACCAUCCCAACCAUCCCCAGCUCCAGCCCAAAACUGGCCUGGUACCCAACCUCAACCUAUCCAACCAGCCCCAGCCCAUCCCUGCCAGCCAUGCUGGCCUGGACCCCAGCCUCCCCAAUUACAGCCCCAGCCUGCACCCCAGCCUUAUCAACCUCCAGCCCCAGCUCCAAUUCAAGCCCAGGCCCAGGGCCCCAGCCAGCCCAGUCCCCGAGGGUGGCCAGUCCCAGGCUUUAACCCAGGCGUUAACCCAGGGUCUGGAUGGCCAUUCGGCCCUGGUCAGGACCCAGGUGGACAGUCUGGUUGGCCUGAUCAGGACCCAGGUGGCUUCACACCUGCUCCACAGUGGAAUCCGACACCAACUGGACAGGUGAGAGACAAGGAGGGAGGGAGGGAGCGUCAGUGGAUGGAGGGAGGGAAUUGACAUAAACAUUGUGCUGGUGUGAAGAUAGUGCCAUAUCCUAAAUGUCUGUGUGUUGGUGUAUAGAAUGUGCCCUACAACCUGAACCUACAAAGAGGCAUCUACGACAAGAUGAUGAUCACCAUCAUGGGCCAGGUCAAACCAAACGCUAAGCAGUGAGUUCAUCAACUACCAUAGUCUACUGGGAUUAAUAAGAUCCCUGAGAUACCCAGUGGAAUCAUUGGAUGUACAGUACACAUUACCAGUAUGUUAUUUGAACACAGCUGAUGUAAUAAGUCAUUUUACUAUAUUGAAUGUCAGCUGCCUUCAAUACAUCACGGUCCUGGAAGAGUGGGCCUAUCAACCUGAUGACUGUGGUUUUUCACUAUCUAAUGUCUUGACCUGUGCUUUUAUCAAUAUGAUCAAUUAAACUGUAUUGAUUGAUCCUAACUUCUUUAGGUUCACAGUGAACUUCCUGCGAGGUAAAGACAUUGCAUUCCACCUCAACUCUCGGUUCAACGAAGGGGGCAAGCAGGCAGUGGUGAGGAACCACAAGGUGGGAGAGCGCUGGGGGAAGGAGGAGAGGCACACACAGGGAGGCUUCCCCUUCAUGGCAGGACAGUCCUUCGAGGUCAGUGGGAAUAUUAUUUAUAGCAGUGCAACUCUAGCCUAUACUGUACUGACUAACAACUCUAGCCUAUACUGUGCUGACUAACAACUCUAGCCUAUACUGUACUGACUAACAACUCUAGCCUAUACUGUGCUGACUAACAACUCUAGCCUAUACUGUACUGACUAACAAAGGGAAUAUAGAACAGUAUAGUGUGUAAGCUAUUAUUAAUAUUACCGUUGGCUGGUUGGUUUUUCUUUAUCUCUGCUAGUGAUGGCAAUUACAGGGAUAAAGUAGUUAAAGCAGGUUAUAGAUCAGCACUGUGGGAUAUCCUCUACCUCAAGUAUUUUCCUUUUUCUGGUGAAAGCUUUUGUUGAGUCGAUGUACUGUUGAAUGUUCGAGAGGUGGUCAGAUGUAGCUUUCACAGACCUUUAUUUAACCAGGUUAUUUUGCAAAGACAAUCUUGCCACCAGUGUUUGUCUGUCCUGUGUUUCAGAUGAAGAUUUUGGUUACGUCCGGCGAGUUUAAGGUGGCUGUGAACGGAACUCAGCUGUUUGAGUUUAAACACCGCAUCAGAGAACUCAACCAGAUCGAUCGCAUCAAUAUCCUCCAUGAUGUCAUCCUCACCUCUGUCAACGUAGACACGAUACCA